GGCUAUAUGAAGAAGCAGCCCGACAUCACCAACAACAUGCGGGCCAUUCUUGUGGACUGGCUGGUGGAGGUCGGCGAGGAAUACAAGCUACAGAACGAAACCCUGCACUUAGCUGUCAACUACAUUGAUAGGUUUCUGUCUUCCAUGUCUGUCCUGCGAGGAAAGCUCCAGCUCGUGGGUACCGCAGCCAUGCUGCUUGCAUCAAAGUUUGAAGAAAUCUACCCGCCUGAGGUCGCAGAGUUUGUCUACAUCACAGAUGACACCUACACCAAGAAGCAAGUUCUAAGGAUGGAGCACUUAAUUUUGAAAGUUUUAUCAUUUGACUUGGCAGCUCCAACGAUCAACCAGUUCCUUACCCAGUAUUUCCUGCACGAACAGACAAGCGCAAAAGUUGAGAGCUUAUCCAUGUAUCUUGGGGAGCUGAGUCUAAUAGAUGCUGAUCCUUACCUGAAAUACCUGCCAUCAGUUAUUGCUGCUGCAGCAUUUCAUCUAGCAGGCUACACAAUCAGUGGACAAACGUGGCCUGAAUCUUUGUGCAAAGUAACAGGCUACACCCUUGAAAACAUUAAGCCUUGCCUCAUGGACCUACACAAGACCUACCUCAAAGCAGCACAACACACGCAACAGUCAAUAAGGGAAAAAUACAAGAGUACAAAGUACCAUGGAGUAUCGCUCAUUGAUCCGCCAGAGACACUAAACUUAUUGUAAUAAUCAAGAGACUGAUCUUUUAAAAAGAUGUAUAUUACCUUUGCAAGAAAAUAAUGUACAGUUUUAAACAAGGUUCAGAAAUCUAGAUGUGAUCAUUUGGAAUAUUAAUGCAGGUUUUGAUGAGCUUAAUUAUGAAGUUAGUUUUAUGUGGUUUUAAUGUAAAUCUUUUGUACAUGCAAUCUUGUUAAAAUAUUUAGCUGGACUUUUGUUUUUUUUUAAGGAUGUUCUCUUUAAGCACAAAAUUAACCAUUCAGACCAAGUGCAUGUCUGAGAUUGCUUAUCUAAUUAUAAACAGUAAAAACAGCAGGGCAUU